AUGAAGCUACAGAAGAGCAACGUCCGGGCGUCGGUCGCGCUCACGCUUCCGACGCCCGUGGUGACGGAUCCGGCCUGCCCGAUCUGCCAGGAGGAGGUCGGGCGGAAGUCGCCCGAGGGCGUCAAGGAGAGCUGGGCCCUGACGCCGUGCGGGCACGCCUUCGGCAGCGUCUGCAUCAAGCGCUACCUCGCCAUCACCGACAAGCCGCUGUGCCCCGUCUGCCGCCAGGACGUCUUCCACUACUGCUCGCACCCAGUGCUUCCCGCCUCGUACGACCGGGCGAAGGGCACCACCCGCACGUCGUACCCCUGGGACGGCGACCCGCGCAAUAGCCUGUGCCCGUACUGCGUUGCCGGCAAGAACAACCCUCCGAGAGCAGAAGCUGGAGCGGCAGCCGGAGCUGGGGCCGGCACCAAUACUACCAGUAGGUCUAUCUGGAUGCGUUGGGCGUUGCCGCGCCGGUUUGUAGGCGCGGCACUGCGAUUUGCACAUGUUUCUAAGCGGAAACCACUCCAUCCAGAACCGGAAGCCGAACAAGACCCAGAGAUUGAGUCCGAUGCCGAAGAAGAAGAAGAGGCGGAGGAAGAGGAAGAAGGCCUGGGAGAGCCUCAGUCGCCGGCAUCAAGAGACCUGCCGCCAGUUCCAGGCGCCUACGGACGAUGGGAGCUAGCAGCAAAGGAGCCAGAUUGGAAAUUCCUCAAGUGGUUCGACGCACAAGAGCCGAAGACAAACGCCAGUGCCGACAUUACGAAAUAA